GCCACGGAGCAGGUGAGGAGCUGGGGACCCCUCACUACCAUGAGCACCCCUGCCGGCCCGGAAGCAGCCCCCAAACCCAGUGCCAAGUCCAUCUAUGAGCAGAGGAAACGUUACUCCACUGUGGUGAUGGCUGACGUCUCCCAGUACCUGGUGAAUCACCUGGUGACAUUCUGCCUGGGGGAGGAGGAUGGCGUGCACACAGUGGAAGACGCCUCCCGGAAGCUAGCCGUUAUGGACAGCCAGGGCCGUGUGUGGGCCCAGGAGAUGCUGCUGCGAGUGUCUCCGGACCAUGUCACGCUGCUUGAUCCGGUCUCCAAGGAAGAGCUGGAAUCCUACCCGCUGGGAGCCAUCGUGCGCUGCGACGCGGUGAUGCCGUCCUGCCGGAGCCGCUCGCUGCUGCUGCUGGUGUGCCAGGAGCCCGAGCGCUCGCAGCCCGACGUGCACUUCUUCCAAGGCUUGCGACUCGGGGCGGAGCUGAUUCGAGAGGACAUUCAAGGUGCUCUGCACAACUACCGCUCCGGACGCGGGGAGCGGAGAGCGGCAGCGCUCAAGGCCACUCAAGAUGAGCUGCAGCGCCGCCCCUCAACCGCCGCCGAGACCCCGCCCCUGCAGCGCCGCCCUUCGGUCCGCGCAGUCAUCAGCACCGCGGGGCAGGGCUCAGGGCGCGGGCGACCCCAAGCGGAGCCCAUCCCAGAGGCAGAGGAGGCGCGGAGGGCCCCCGCCGAGAUUGCUCGCAAUGACAAUCAGGGCUCGGACCCUGUCUCCCCCGGCCCGCGCGGCCCGGAGCUGGCUGGCCUGCAAGCAGAGAGGGACGUGGAUAUCCUAAACCACGUGUUCGACGAUGUGGAGAACUUCGUGUCCAGGCUGCAGAAGUCUGCGGAGGCAGCCCGCGUGCUGGAGCACCGGGAGCGCGGCCGCAGGACGCGGCGACGCGCAGCCGGAGAGGGUCUCCUGACGCUGCGAGCCAAGCCUCCCUCGGAGGCCGAGUACACCGAUGUGCUCCAGAAGAUUAAGUACGCCUUCAGCCUGUUGGCCCGGCUGCGCCGCAACAUCUCCAACCCGUCCUCCCCAGAGCUGCUGCACUUCCUGUUCGGACCUCUGCAGAUGAUCGUGGAUACGUCGGGAGGCCCCCAGUUCGCUAGUGGCGUGCGACGGCCCUACCUAACGUCCGAGGCGGUGACGCUGCUGAGGGACAACGUCACCCCACGUGAAAAUGCGCUCUGGACCUCCCUAGGGGACUCAUGGACCCGCCCAGGGCUGGAGCUGCCGCAAGAGGAUGGACCCGCAUACAGACCCGAGUUCUAUUGCGGCUGGGAGCCGCCAGCCACUGACCCUCAGGGUCGGCCCUGGGAGGACCCUGUGGAGAAGCAGCUUCUGCACGAGCGGCGGCGCCGACAGCAAAGCGCCCACCAUGUCGCUGUCAAUGGUCACCAAGACCCUGAGUCAGAGACUGAGCCCGAGCCAGAGGCGGAGCCAGAGACUGUCAGGAAGUGGGUCUUGUGUAAUUAUGACUUCGAGGCACGCAACAGCAGCGAGCUGUCUGUCAAGCACCGGGAUGUGCUAGAGGUCCUGGAUGACAAGCGCAAGUGGUGGAAGGUUCGGGACCAGCAGGGCCAGGAGGGAUAUGUGCCCUAUAAUAUCCUGACACCUCAUCCCGGACCCCAGGCAGGCAGCGGCCAAAGCCCUGCCCUCAACCUGAAUAGCACGACCCCGCCCCCACCAGCCCUGAUGUUGGCUUCGCCAUGGGGGAGGUCCCACUGGGACAGCUGUGAUAGCCUCAACAGUUUGGACUCCAGCGAAAAGGAGAAAUUCUGCCAGAUGAUCAGUAUCAACGAAGAACUGCAAGUGCGUCUGGCCCAGGGUCGCGCGGGCCCCAGCCGCGUUGCUUCGGGGCCCCGCGCGCAGGAGCCGCAGCUCAGCCCGCGCUCGGAUGCAGCGGAGGUCCGCGCGUGGCUGCAGGCCAAAGGCUUCAGCUCUGGGACCGUGGAGUCGCUGGGCGUGCUGACCGGCGCGCAGCUUUUCUCGCUGCAGAAGGAGGAGCUGCGGGCGGUGAGCCCUGAAGAGGGGGCGCGAGUUUACAGCCAGGUCACCGUUCAGCGCGCGUUGCUGGAGGACAAAGAGAACGUGUCCGAGCUGGAAGCGGUGAUGGAGAAGCAGAAAAGGAAGGUUGAGAGCGAAAUGGAGACAGAGGUUAUUUGACCCUCCCCAAACCUCCGUGGGAAACCAGACAAAUGCCCCCACCUAUGGAGCAGAUUCCUGCAAGGAUCACCACCUGUUCCGGCCCUGGUCGUGGACAAA